AUGUCACGCAGAUGGGCGACAUUGCGCCGCCAGGCGUCAGACCUCGACGACCAAGUCGCGCUGGCAAAGUGUCUUUGGCCGCAGCUGCCCGAGACAGACUUUGAGCCGGGCCAGUACCGGCACGUCCUCGAGCACCUGCGCGACGGCAUAGCCGAUCUCGAAACGCGGGCGUCGCUGGAGCCCAAGCGGGCGCGGCAGGCCAUUGUCGCCGUGGCGGGGCUCAAAGACGCGCGGAGGAGCGACGUCGAGGCGGCCGUCAAAAGCCACUAUGCGGCGCCGCCGUCCGACUCCACCGCCGCGCAAGCCGUCGAGACCAUCCUGCGGCUGUGGACCAUGCUCGACGUGCAGCUGCAGCGGCCGCGCCACCGCAGCCCGCCCGACGCGCUGAUCUGGGACGACGACGCCGCGCCCCUGACCGCCGUCAUCAAGCAGCACUUUGACAACCGCCGGCCCGCGGCACCUAACAAGAACACCACCACCGCUGCCGAGCCAGACGGCGACGACGAACCCAUCGACGCGGCGCUGACGGCGGCGUACCUAGCCGCACACCACGGGAUCCACGUGUUGUGGACGAGCAACCUGGGCGAGCACCUGGUGCUGAACGGGCGGGUGCUCAAGGUGUUCAAGCACAAGCUGUGGGCGUGGAACAGCCUGAGGUACCAGCAUCAAGCUCAGAACGGUAACAACAGCAGCUCGCCCAUCCCGGCCGACGUGCUCGAGGAGCUGGUCGACACGUGGAACCUGCUGUUCCCGGCGUUCGACGAGGCCACGCGCGGGCUGCUGCGCACGGCCGGCAUGGUUGCGCCCUUCUACGGGCUGGGGUACUGCGGGCGGGGGCGGACGCUGGCGCUGGCGCGGUACGGGGUCUGGGGCGGCGAGGUGGCGCGGCUGGCGCGGGUGCUGGACGAGCCGCAGCGCGGGCUGCAGCAGUUCCUGCGGCCAGACCGCAAGAAGCGCAACGCGCUCGAGCUGGCCGCCUUCUGGCUGGCCGGCGUCGUCGUGCUGGUGCUGACGUUCGUCGGCUGCGUCUGCGGCGUGCUGUCGCUCAAGUACGCCGUCGAGCAGACAGACCUGUCCCGCAGGCAGCUUGACCUCGCUCUCGCCACCACGUGUGCCGACCCGGUCAUGGCCGCGCGCCUUCCGGGGUUCUGUUGA